UCUCUCCCCUCCGAGGCGUUGUUAGGUUCUCCCGGCACACUCUCCUCUCGGUUUCUCUACAUGCAAGCUGUCUUAUUGUACACACGAAGACCCACUUAGGCAUCAAUUGAAUGAAAAUUAAGCCGAUUUGAAGGUGAAGUUUUAUUUGUUUUACUAGUUGAGCGGCCUAUUAGCUGUGGAGAAAGCCAUAGCUAAGUUUUGAAUGAAAGAAAAACGCCCGAGGACCACAAAAUAAGCAGCAUGCCCUCGGUGAUGGAGCGGUCGGGGAGCGGCGUUCUGUCUAGGAGCAGGACUAAAACCAACGGAAACAAUCAUCACUCCGAGGAGGAUAGCAGCGAUGAGGAGCACACUCACGACAGUAUGAUUCGAGUGGGAGGAGACUACCAGGCACAGAUACCUGAGUUCAACCCAGACAGUCCAAGCCACUACAAUGAGAAGGAGCAGAGGAGUAUGCUGGUGUGGUGCCCCAACAGCCUCGUCUCCGACGCCAUGUUGGAUGAAUAUAUUCUGAUGGCUAAAGAGAAGCAUGGCUACAACAUGGAGCAGGCCCUGGGGAUGUUGCUGUGGCAUAAACAUGAUGUGGAGUGUUCCCUGGCUGACCUGGCUAACUUCACUCCCUUCCCUGAGGAGUGGACAGUAGAGGACAAGGUUCUGUUUGAACAGGCCUUCAGCUUCCAUGGCAAGAGCUUCCAUCGUAUACAGCAGAUGCUGCCUGAUAAGCUGGUCUCAGGCCUGGUCCGGUACUACUACAGCUGGAAGAAGACCAGAACUAGAACCAGCGUUAUGGACCGACAGGCUAGAAGACUGGUCAGAAAGACAGACAAGGAAGAUGGUAAUGACGAGAUAGAGGAGGGAGACCCGGGCAGCGACAGCGACUUUGAGAUCGACACCAAGAAAGAGACAGUGAAGCAGCAGAGCUCCAGUGGUGCUGGAGGAGAGAGGGGAGCGCCGGGCCGGUCUAACCCACAGAGGAAGGAGUCUGUUGGGGCUCAGUACCGCCACCACCCCCUGAGAGCCCGUCGGAGACCACCUAAAGGCAUGCAUCUGAACCAUGAUGACAUCAUGGCCGUGUCAGCCAAUCACCACCAUGGCUCUGGCAGACAGCUAGACACACACCUGGUGUCACUCAAGAGACGGGUCCAGAGUAUUAAGCAGAACAACAGUAGUAUGAAACACUGUCUAGACGAGGGCAUCGACAGCCUGCGUCCUACAGGGUCGGCUCCCAAGAUGAACUCUCGUUGGUCCACUGAGGAACAGCUGCUGGCUGUGCAGGCAAUCCGUCGCUAUGGUAAGGACUUUACCGUGGUUGCCGAGGUGAUCGGCAACAAGACUCCGGCCCAGGUGAGCUCCUUCUUCGUUAGUUACCGACGGCGAUUCAAUCUGGACGAGGUCGUCAAGGAGUGGCAGGCGGAACAAGAAGUAGCCUCAACACAGGGGCAUUGUGAGAGUCGUAGUAGGAACGAAGAGAUGGGAGGAGCAGAGGAGAUAAAGAUGGAAGAUGCUACUCCCCCUGGCGGUGACGCCAACUCCCCCUCUCACCCCUCAUCCAAUAACCACACCCCUCCUCCUUCCCUCUCCCAGCCUCCCCCCUUACUGCGCCCGGCUCCCCCCUCCGCCCCCCCCAGCCUCCUCCGGCAGCCCCCCCCGCUCCAGACCCGACCCCUCCAGAACCGAACCCCCCACAACCACCCCCCUCCCCCGUUGAUCCGUCCUGCAGUAGCACCUCCAGGCCAACAGGGGAGCUCUAGUCUCCGUAGGGAACUAGGAAACAACCUCCGCUCCUCUCCUCCUGUUUCCUCUGGUACUGGUCAGCCUCCCUCACUGGUGGGGCUCAAAGUAGAGCAAACCAACUCUCACUGACUGAGAUGGAUAGAUAUGAGGUAGGAACCUCUUGUAUAUUUAGGGUGGGACUCUUGUAUAUUCAGACAGGUAGAUUGUGCUGCUAGUGGGAGAGUUUAGCAGGUUAUCCAUUAUGGUGCAACAAUAGAAGUCAGAAUGCAGUAGUAUUUAGUUGAGUUCAAAGCCCCACCAAUCUGGUUGGUUCAGAAGCGCCUCGUUCAUUCGUUCCCACCCUCCCUCUCUGUAACACUCCGUUCAGUUCUGACUCCCUCCCCUAACCAACUACACAACCUGUCAAUAACCUCACCCCCCCACCCCCCACACACUCUCCAUACUUCCAUCUGAGGCAUUAAGGCUUGGGUCAUCCAUCCUUCUGUUCCCUCCCCCUCUUCUCAGCAGAAAAUAGAAGGACAUGCCCACACAUGCCUCACGGCUGUCUCCAUGGCAACCAGCACAGAUGUGACUGGUUACCCACGGCAACAGGGACCCUGUGUUUCACC